UUGAUAUUAUAUUUGGUGCAUGGGCAUAUUUGUCUAUAUCUGUAACUAAACUUGCUGGACAAGGCAGGUUACAGUUAACAAGGGUACCAUUUACACACUGGUCAUUCUCAUUCUAUGAGGAGCCACGUAUGGAGUUUAAUGUUGAUUCAAGGUUUAAUGGCCGUCCAAUUCCACAGAUUUCUUCACUUAUUGUAAACCAGAUAAAGAGGACAAUAAGAAAGAAACAUGUUUUACCAAGUUAUAAGAUGAGAUAUAAACCUUUGUUUGUAAAACCUGAAGAAUCAUUUAUCAACCCUGAUAUAUGUUUCCAUGGACAUAAGCUAGGACCAGGAAAAUUGUCAGUAAAGGUGCUAAAAUGUAGCAGACUACAAGAGCUGUCAUCAGAAUGUAAACUGUACUGUACAUUAUCUGUUGACAAGGAGGAGAUAGAGGAAGUAUGGAAACAAAGUUGGGUAACUCUCGAGAUGACAAUGAAAAUAUUACCUAAUUCUGUAUUAGGAUUGAAUCUCAAAGAUCAAUUAUCAGGAGAUAAAACAGAGAAAAAGCGGGUAGUAGUGGAUAGUAUAAUAUUAGAUAGUCCUGCAGCUGAAGCUGGCUUACAAAGAGGAGACAUUGUAGAAACUAUUGGCAAUGUGAGAGUUCUGUCCAUUAAACAUGCCAUGAAACAACUGAAAAAUUCUACAGAAAAUGUUAUCAUUCGAGUUAAAAGACAUACUAGUCUAGCAUUAGAUCGAGGCCUUUACAUUGAUCAGCAAGAUGAUAUAGAGAUUGAAGAGUCUGACAUGAAUGGAGAACUACAAGAUGAUAUAGGAGACUUUGUUAGCAUAGACUUCAAAAAUAAACGUUCUUCCUCCCUCAACACUGACAUACAACCCAGCCAACCUAACCAAGAAUCUGUGAAAUUCAGUGAAAAGUUAACAAAGAAAAUACAGUCGGGGAAGAAGAAAAUUCUUGGUUUGAAAGAUAAUGAUAAAGAUAAGGAGAGUGUUAAUAAAGAUAGGGACAGUGAUACCAGAUCACUUACAACAGAUGAGGAAUCUGCAGGUGAUAAAAAUGUAAGUGAGAGUAUAUCUACACCAAAUCAUCUUCGUGAUGGAAGUCAGUCUGCUAAAUCGUCGCCACAGAAACAGGUUAUAGAAAUAAAUCGACAACGAGCUCACAGUGAUACAAGUCUAAAUAAGGUACAGCUAGGUGAUGGUGAUACAGGAAGUGCAUGUAGUGAUGCUGGUAGUUAUAGUAAACCUGAAUUACAACAUCGUAUUGGUGAAGUUAAUACAAGAGAUGUUCCUUUCUCACCAGAUCCAGAAUGGAAUGAAGAGUUUGAAUUUGACUGUAAAGAGGAAGAUCAGUAUGUGAAUGUAUGUGUAUGGUGUAAGAUUGCCCAGACAGAGAGGGCAUCUAAGAAUAUGUCUACCACUAACAAGACUGAAGGUCAGCAGCAAAAAAAUACCCCACCUACCGAUGAUCUCCCAUCAUAUAAUGUUACCACUAAAAUAGGAUAUGUGAGUGUUCCUCUGUCAGAUAUUACAGCUGGCUGUUUAUUAACAAUACAAGGUGACACUCAGUAUACCAUGUAUCUACAUCCACCAGAAGAAACUAUCACUGCUAGUCGUACAAAGUUACCGUAUUCCGGACAUAUAGGAUAUGACAAGAGUAUCUGCCAUGGUGAUAUAACAUUGUCAUUUGUACACAAACCAUUUAAGACUGUAGAACCAAAUGUUAGAAAAGAGACAGUGAAGGAUGUGUUGAAUCCACCUAUUCAUAAGCUGAGAGCUCAGUCCCUAGAACGAGAACAGUUAGAUGGGCAGCAUAGAUUCAGGUCAUGUCAGUUUACCUCUAAAACUAUUUGUCAUUUCUGUGGCAAAAAGAUAUGGUUAAAAGGUGGUUUAAAAUGUACAUUAUGUAGAAUGGUGUGUCAUAAAAAAUGUGUGGAGAAAUGUAAUGUACAGACUAAAUGCUCAAGGGAUGGACCCAAAAUGUCAGCAAAACCAGAGGAAGCCUGGGUACCACCUUUGAAAGGCCAGGACAUGGAGAAAGAGGAGGGGAAAAGUAUGGGGAAAUUCUGGAAGUUCCGACAGAAGGAGCAGCCAUCUUUACCUUUGAACAUCCCUCAAAGGAACAUACCAAAUAGGGCUCAAGCUUCACCUAAUAGAAGUCCAUUAAGGAGCCCCAGCCCAUUUGCCAGUUUAACAGAGCAGGUUGAUAAACAUUUUAAUGUAUCUGGACUGACGAAAAAUCUCUCAAACAAAUCACUGUCAGCCAUGGAGAGGGAUGAUGAUUCAGAUGAUGAAGGUAGAUACCGUAACCCUACAUAUAGUCUAGAUGAUAAUGUUGUUAUAGAAGCCAAGGAGAAAGGCAAGGAACUCUAUGCCAACUUAUCUUUACCUGACAGGAAGAAAACCCUUGAUGAUAUGGUAACCAAGCUACAAGAUACAAUAGAUAAAGAAUCUGAGUAUAAGUCAGAGUUGAUGAAGAAUUACCAGGAGAUUACAGAUCCGGACCAGAGACGACUCAUGUCACAACAGCUGGAAAAAUGUGACGAGAAAAUCGAGGCAUUGAUGAUGAUGAUGGUACAUUAUUGUGCUGGAUUACAACAUUGUCUAGAUCAAGAAGAAGCUCACAAAAGGUUGAUAAACAUGGAACCAGCCAAUGACUUUGAUGAUGAUGUCAUCACAGAGGAUGCUGGGAUACAGUUCAUUGUCACAGAUACAUAGCAUAGAUGUAACA